GGAGAGAGGAAAUGGGGAGGAGGAAGAAGAGGAGGAGGAGGAGGGAAAAAGGAAGAGAAAGGAAACAGGCCAUUUGUUUUAAACAGAUCUCUUGCCAUGACUAAUCACCUUCAGUAAUUAACAGUGUCGACUAAGCCUCAAUCCUUGGGGUAAACACAAAUAUAUUCCUACACAGUUAUUUGUUUGGUUUUUUUUUGGUACCAGGGAUCGAACUCGGGUCCUUCCGCUUGUGAGGCAGGCAGCAGAACCACUGAGCUAUAUCCCCGGCCCCUCCUACACAGUUAUUAAUUGGCUCUUUUAAAAUAUUAAAAGUUCUCUUUGGGAAAGUAUGUAAGUCAGGUUUUCUUCAUUAUAACAAAAUACCGAGACAGUUAGCUUAGAAGAGGUUGACACUGGCUGACAGUUUGGGGAAUUCAGUCCAUGACUGAAUAGCCGCAUUGCUGGGGAGCGGGGGCAUAGAUGGAAGGAGUGUGCAGUGAAACAAAUCUGUUCAUAUCCUAAGCCAGGGAGCAAAGAGGAACAAAGAAGGGGCUGGGACUGCACAGUUCCCUUUCAGGGCACACCCACAAUGACAAAAGCACCUUGCACAAGAGGCCUAUCUCACAAAAAGGCUCUAUCUUCCCAGGGACCCAAUCCUGGGACCACAUCUUUGGCACAUGAACCUCUGGGAGAAAUUCAGGAAACUAUGGCAAAAAUUAACUUUUUCUAAUUGCCUUUUCCUAUUUUUAGCCAUUAAUGUUUAGUUUGGGAGCUUAACAUAAAAUGAUUCUUCUUUUUUUUUUUGGUACUGGGGAUUGAACUCAGGACCUUGCGCUUGCUAGGCAGGCGGUGGAACCUGGUCCACAUGAAAUGACUCUUAAAAAGCAACAGGUCAGGCGGGGGAGUAGCUCAGUGGCUCUGCCACCUGCCUCGCAAGUGCAAGGACCCAAGUUAGAUCCCUGGUACCAAAAAAAAAAAGCAACAGGUCAAGUAAAUAUAAUACUGAGUAAUGGAUAAAAAGCUAGAUAACCAGUCAGAUUAAUGGCAAGAAGUCCAAUGUUAAAAUCAAACUGGUGACGUCACUAGGAAAAGAGGGUCAGGUGGAACUUGGUAUGUGGCAGUUAUGGAGGAAUUGCGGCUGGGUGGAAGGUACCCAGGAGCCACCCUGGGGCCCUUAACCUCCAAAGCAGACAACACUGUGUGUAUAGGCCUGUGUACUAGAAACAAGGGCACAGUCAUCCAGAAUGGAGAAGGGCGACGCCCCACAGCUGCUGACUCCUGCCUCCGUGACGGCCACCAUCUCGAGGGUUGAGACUGCCCAGCUCACUCGGGCUCAGGAGGAUAUUUCUACCCAGCUCUCAGACAUCUUGAACAAUGUCAACAGUGUCAUCAACAGCCUCCAGGAAGAAUCAGGAUAUGAUUUAAAAGAAAAGACAAAAUCUUACCAGAUGGAGCAAAAGGUCAAGAAGAGAUUCAUCUUACUAGAAAAAAUUUCUUCCUUCUCCAAAGAUGCUAAGACUAAAGAAAAGCAUCUGUAUGAAAUCCUCUGCUGGUUGGGUGACUGGGGUGACAGUCUGACCUACGAGAUCAGGAACAGGAAGAGUGAGGAUGAAGAGGAAGCCCUGAAUGAAUGGAUUGAAGUAAUAGAGAAAGUGUUACCUCUUUCCCUCAUCACCACCAAAGAAGGCAUACAGUCUCUCGUUUCCCUUUGCUCCACUCUCACUGAAGAACAAAAGAAAAGGUCACAAAUGCCCAAACACAUCUUCUGGCAGGGCUGGUGGGAGAAAAGCCCACAAAAAUCUUCACCCCACCUUCAGCCACCGAGCCCAGAACAGAUGCUCCAGGACAAGCAUGCCACCUGUGUGAAAGUCUCUGAGGUGAAGUCCAUGCUGCAGGAGCUCCUGGACUCCACCAUGUUCAACAAGGGGGAGGUCAAAGCCAUCAGGUACAUGUCCACUGUGGUAGAGAAUCUCAACAAGGCCUUGAUCCUCCAGCACAAGGAGAACAGGAGCCUGGAAACCAAAUACAAGUGCUUGCAAAUAGAGAUGGUCAAAGAGCCCAGCAGCCAGAGGCUGCACUUCCAGAAGUCCAUCCAAGACCUUGGGAGCCAGAGAGAUGCUCUCCUAAAGCAGGUAGCAAUUAGGGGGAAAUGCCAUGACCUCGUCCUGACAAAGCAUGCCCUAGGGUUCCAGCUGAAGACAAUUCGGAUUGCUAGAGGUCCAGCUGGAGACCCAGCUGAGGUGUUGCACGUCUUCCCAGCACCCACUGAGAUAAGGACCCUUUCACGGACAGGAGCAGUCAUGGAGGAAGUCCAACAGGACCCCAGGGAGGAGGAACAGUUGUUUUCACCACUUUCCUCAAGUCCCAUGGCCAUGGCCUGGGACAGUGGGGUGACACCUUCAGCAUCCCAGCCUCUUUCCACCAUGAGCAUGCAUUCCAGCAUCACAGAUGUUUUUAAGGACACUGAGAUCCUUGAGCCUGUGUUAUCACCCUCAGAAGGUUACAAGUUUCCUACAAAAUCACAAAGACUGGUGGCAGAAAGCCCAGUCCACAAAGAUAAAGAACAAGGGGACCACUUCCCAGAGAAGGAAAGGGUCUGAAUUAAGCCACAUUUCAUGAAGCACCUGUCCCCAGGGAGCUCCGAGGAGGUGCCCUUGGAGAGCCAGGUGGAGCACUAGGAAGAGGAACUCAGCUGGCAGAAGCAGAGGCAACAGUGGCUUCAGGAGGAGGUGAUGUGGCUGCAGCGGCAGAGGAAAUGAGUCCUGCUGGAGCAGGAGCACCAGGAGAAGCUGCAGCAGUGGCAAAUGGAGGCAGCCACAAGGUGGCAGCAGCAGACACACACCUGGCCAGAAGAGGAACGACAGAGCCUAAGGAGGGAGCUGGGGGAGCUGAGGGAAGACACUGAGAGGCCGAUCUUCACAACCACCAAUCAGUGGAGGAACUUGGAGAAGGCAGAGCCACCCCCAAGCCAGGCCCAAUCUGCUUGCCAAGGCAGGAGGCCAUACUGGCCCAGGUCCUCCCAUACCCAGCAGCCCAGCUCAGGAAACCAGAGGACCAUGAGUUCAACUGAGUGUACACAGAUCCCACAGGCCAACCGUGUUCCCACCGAGCCCAAGAAAUCUGCCUCCUUUCCUGUCACUGGGACAUUCAUCUGAAGGGUGACCCAGCCCUCUCUGCAGAGGCCCCUGGUCACUUCUAAGGAGAAGAUGUACCACAUGGACAUGGAGGCUCAGAGGAAGAACCUCCAGCUCCUGAGUGGGGAGUCAAAGCUGGAGCUGCCGAAUUACCUGCACAGCAAGGCCUUGGAGCUCACCACCACCACCAUGGAGCCGAGUGCACACAGGCUACCGUACCUGUGCCAGAAGUAUGUUAUCUACAGACACUUUCAGAGCCUCCGACAAGCAGUGAUCAACCACAAGCAAGUCAUGGGAGAAACAACGGCCUCCUACAAGGCCCAGAGCCUUGUUGUCUUCCUGGAAAACAUCGACUGCCAGCAGAAGCUCAGGCUGCAGGCCUGGUCAGACAAACAGAAGGACCUGGAGAAGCAGCGCAGGGAGUGUUUAAGCAGCAUGGUGACCAUGUUCCCCAAGCUCCGCCUGGAGUGGAACAUUCACCUGAACAUCCCUGUGGUCAUCUCCUCAAAGCCAAAGAAAUGCAAGUCACCCUCGGCCUUACCCCGCUGGAUCCACUCCAGCAGUCCCACCUGCAAGCAGUCUUUUCCACCCAGUCAACGGGAAUGUGUGCCCCUGUGGACACCCAGCCAACAAGGGAACCAGACAGAGGCCAUCUAGAAGACUGAUGUGGCCUCCUCUAGUCACCCAAUAGAAAAAAAGACCCCUGCCAGCUUGUCGUGGGACCAGGUAGGGGGACACCCAGAUAUGCCCUGGCUGUUGGCACUGGAUGAGCAUUCCUCCUACCACGGAAACUUGACAUCCCUUGAGGCCUGGUAAGGUGCAAGGCCAGGUGCUUAACCUGGGAUUCCCCAAGACCUAAAGGGCAGGCACACUAUCCCUCUCCAAUAGCCCAGGCAAUUUCUCCAGUCCUUAGCAAUGGCCUCAGUUACUGUAUCAUAUCAGACAAG